UAUAUUAAACUGCAUAUCGGUGUGAUGAUCUGUCAGCAAGACAACAUGGAGGUUACGCUUUUCUGCAUUAGAUUGUUGAUAAAUACCUGGCUGCUGCUGGUGAUACAAAUUUGGGAUAGUUGUGAUGCUCAAACAACUUUUCCUCAUGUUGUUCCAAACACUUCUCAGCACUAUGAAUACAGCACAGUGUCUUUUGACUGUAAGGGGUUUGAUGGGUCUCUUGGAUGGAAACUAAUGAGGAAAGCAGCAGAUGUUGAUACAGCGUGUGGGACUAGCUGGGGAGUUUUCAGUGGGUCCAUUUGCAUCUUCAGAAAUGUUUAUAUCGAAGACAGCGGACAGUACUGGUGUGAGAGCGGAGAUGGAAAGAAAAGCAGCCCUGUAAACAUCACCAUUACACCUGGUCCUGUGAUCCUGGAAAGUCCUUUAAUUCCUGUGAUGGAGGGAAACACUGUGAGUCUGCGCUGUAAAAACAGGACAGAUUUCACCAAAACCUCCACUUCCAUAACCUUCUAUAAAAAUGGCCUCUUCAUCAAGAGCAUCUCUACCAGCACUUUGAUCAUCCACAAUAUUAACAAGUCUCAUGAAGGACUCUACAAGUGCAACAUCUCAGGAGCUGGAGAAUCACCUGAGAGCUGGCUGGCUGUCAGGGGCAGAGACGACACAGGUGAGAGCACACAUUACUGGUAUACAUAA